CAUCAAUUGUGGUCAGCGUUCAGGGGAAGAUUAAUAAGUGCAAGGCUUCCUUUUCCUGCUGGCUGGUGUCCAUUAAUCGCUGCCCAGAGCCAGACGGGGCAAUAUUUUAAUAAGAGAUUGCGCAUACGCCGUUCGGUAAAGUGUUGACUGCAGAAAUCUGUACCUGCAACUAUUCGUUUAAGCCAGCCAAACGAUAUAGAAUCAUCUCUGAUGACAGCUGAUGAUAGCUGAUAGCUAAAGAAUGCCGCUGGCUAAUUGGCCAAUCAGAAAACUGCCAGCUGCCAAGUGCAAAAAGUCCGAGAAGUUCAAACAAUUAAAAAAGAGCCAAGCAGGAGAACGAGCAGCGUUUGCUUGGGACGGGACAAGACAAACGGAAUUAAUGCCUGCCCGAAAGGAUGCUCAGAAAUUAAGAAGAAAACGCUCGUCUCGAGUGCAACUUCCGGCUGCAUAAAUGAGAACAAACACGAGGCCAAGCAGAGCCGAGAAAAAGCCAAGGAAGAGUAGUCCUGUCAGCAGCAGGAGCCAGUUGGAGCGACAAAUGUUGGACAAACGGAUGUCCAGAUUAGGCCACAAGCAGCCAAAGCAACAGAAGACUAAACAAUAGUUCCAGCAACAAGCAACAAGCAGCAAGCAAAACCAUUCAACAAACAGCAAACAAAAACCGAACAAUAUGUGCACAACGGCAGCUUCCGGCGAAGGCGAUUGCGAUGGCGAUGCAUCCACAUCCACAUCCACUGACCUCAUCAAGAACGGGCUGGGAAUGAACCGGGGCAGCGGGGCUACCGGGAUCAAAGCCCUCUCCUGGCAAGGACAACAUCGCUUAAACUUGCGCAUAUUUAAACUUUUGAUUAGCUGCUGCGUUUUAAUGCUCAGCAUUUACACAAAUGCCUGGCACUUGUCCAUCAGUCCCGGCACCGGCUCCGUCUGGGUCAUGGCCGGCAGCAUCAAGGGACGCGGUGACGCCCAUCGCCUGGAUGAGCUGGGCUCCCUGGCCCACACUGCCUCCUCCUCAUCGUCCUCCUCCUCGCUGAGGUCGGCCUGGCUAACCCAAAGCAAUAACCAUGCAAAUAUCUCCGAGCUACUGGACAAUCUGCUGCGUGGAUAUGACAAUAGCAUACGUCCGGAUUUCGGUGGACCACCAGCCACUGUUGAAGUGGACAUAAUGGUUCGAAGUAUGGGACCAAUAUCAGAAGUUGAUAUGACCUACUCAAUGGAUUGUUAUUUUCGUCAAUCCUGGGUGGAUAAACGUCUCGCAUUCGAAGGCGCCCAGGACACGCUGGCACUGAGCGUCUCGAUGCUGAAGCGGAUAUGGAAGCCGGAUACGUAUUUUUACAAUGGUAAGCAGAGCUAUUUGCACACGAUUACCACGCCGAACAAGUUUGUGCGGAUCUACCAGAACGGACGCGUCCUGUACUCCAGCCGUCUGACAAUUAAAGCCGGCUGCCCCAUGAAUCUGGCCGACUUUCCCAUGGACAUACAAAAGUGUCCGCUGAAAUUUGGUUCAUUUGGCUACACCACGUCCGAUGUCAUCUAUCGGUGGAACAAGGAGCGACCUGCCGUCGCCAUAGCGGAGGACAUGAAGUUGUCGCAAUUCGAUUUGGUCGACUGUCCGGCUGGCAAUUUGACGGACAUUGUGUACAAAGCGGCAGCACCAAUGCCGAACCAACGGCCCUUCAGCAACAAGGACGUGCCCCACGCAGGACGCCCCAAGACGACCAGCAAAACGCUCACCACAUUCGCGGGACCAGGAGCAAAGAAUCAGCAUGUGCGCGGCACCGGACUGAAACUGGACAAGGGGGCCUUUGGCACGGGACGUGACGCUAUCGGGGCACCGCCAACCACCUCACUGUCUGGGAGCAUCACCCUGGAGACGCAUCAUCCAUCGGAAUACUCCAUGCUGAUGGUGAACUUCCAUCUGCAGCGGCACAUGGGCAACUUCCUCAUCCAGGUGUACGGACCCUGCUGCCUGCUGGUGGUGCUCAGCUGGGUCUCCUUCUGGCUGAACCGGGAGGCCACUGCGGAUCGGGUCUCGCUGGGCAUCACCACGGUGCUGACGAUGACCUUCCUCGGACUGGAGGCGCGUACCGACCUGCCCAAGGUGCCGUAUCCGACGGCCCUUGACUUCUUCGUGUUCCUCUCGUUCGCCUUCAUCUUCGCCACCAUCCUGCAGUUCGCCGUGGUCCACUACUUCACGAAGUAUGGGUCGGGCGAGUGCUACUUCAUCAUCGAGGAGCUGGACACGGACUCGCCGGAGUCGGAGGCGGAGGCGAGCCCCUCCGACUUUCGGGACAGCACCGAGUCCAAGAUCUACGAGGUGAUACCCCUGUCCAUGUGCACCAUCGACAUGAAUCCCCACUCAGCGGGCAGCAGUCGCUUGGGCAUGCUCACCUCCAAGCGUGGCACCACACGCAACCGCCGCCACGUUCCGUGGACUUUCAAGUUCCCGAGCUGCUUCGACUGGCGGCGAAGAAAGCCGCCACACGCGCACUCACACUCGCACUACUCCUCCUCCGACGACGAGGAGGAUGACGAGCAAACUCAGCUGCGGGCACACGAAGCGCCCUCCACAUCCGCAGCGGCGGCAGCGGCGGCAGCAGCAGCAGCAGCAGCGGAGGCAGCGGCGGUCGCAGCUGCCGCCCAAAGCAGUCCGCCCCAUGUGGGCCGUCGACGGAUGUCCUACUACCGGCGCGAGGAGAUGGAGGCACGCCGCAAGGGCAAACGGACGCCACAGUACAACUCCGUGUCGAAGAUCGAUCGCGCCUCGCGCAUCGUCUUCCCGCUGCUGUUCUUCCUGAUCAAUGUGUUCUACUGGUACGGCUACCUGUCCAGGAGUGCCCGCAUUCUGGCCAAUACGCAACCGAGCACCUGAUGUUACCUUUUAGCAAUUUAGACAGAGUCCUCGAAGAAAUCUACAAAGCGAUUCACAGGAAGCAGACUCAGUAAGCAAAGAGCUGGAGAUGCCUAAAGAUGGGUGCCCAAAUGGGAAGGAUCGACAGGUGGCAGGAGGCAGGAGGCAGG